UAAUCCAGUAACAUGAUAGUUGUGCUAGCGAAGUUAAAGAAUUAAGUGCUUAAAUCGACUUUAAUUGCAGUAUGGAACUUUUGAAACUAAUGAUGUUCAAAAGCGAUAUCUUGUCCAAUGGCAAAUGUGACGAUCGUGUUCCGCCUAUCAAUUUGAGUCAAUUGCCGGAAUUCCUAUUGUCUACAAUACCAAAAUGUGGAGGAUGUCACGAGCUAAUUUUGGAUCGAUUUAUAUUGAAAGUCCUUGAGCGAACAUGGCAUGCGAAAUGUCUACAAUGCAGCGAGUGUCAUACCCAAUUAAAUGACAAGUGUUUUUCACGUAAUGGUCAACUUUUUUGCAAGGACGACUUUUUUAAACGAUAUGGAACAAAAUGCUCCGCAUGUGAUAUGGGCAUACCGCCAACGCAAGUAGUACGAAGAGCACAAGACAACGUAUAUCACCUGCAAUGUUUCUUGUGUGCGAUGUGCUCCAGAACUCUGAACACUGGUGAUGAAUUUUACUUAAUGGAGGAUAGAAAGCUUGUAUGCAAACGGGAUUAUGAAGAAGCUAAGGCUAAAGGUCUUUAUUUAGAUGGAUCUCUUGACGGUGAUCAGCCGAAUAAGCGACCACGCACAACGAUUACAGCUAAACAAUUAGAAACUCUGAAAACCGCCUACAAUAAUAGCCCAAAACCAGCCCGACAUGUACGUGAGCAGUUAUCCCAAGAUACCGGCUUAGAUAUGCGAGUUGUGCAAGUUUGGUUUCAAAACAGAAGAGCGAAGGAAAAACGACUUAAAAAGGAUGCUGGACGUACACGAUGGAGUCAAUACUUCAGAUCUAUGAAAGGAAGCUGUUCACCUCGUACCGAAAAAUUCCUUGAUAAAGAUGAAUUGAAAGUAGACUAUGAUAGUUUUAGUCAUCAUGACUUAAGUAAUGACAGUUACAGUACAGUUAAUUUAGGAUUAGAGGAGGGUGCAUCACCGCAUAGUAUUCGAGGUGGCUCGUACUUACAUGGUAGUUCCAGCCCACCACAAUACCCAUCCAGUCGCUCUCCACCUCCAGUCGGACAAAAUCACUCAUUUGGUUCAUAUCCAGACAAUAUAGUUUAUACAAAUAUAGAUCACAAUGCCUCUUCGAAUAUGCAUAGUUCCAAGCCACAUCGUUUACAUGGUAGCAGUGCAGUAUCAGACUUAAGUAAUGAUUCUAGCCCAGAACAGGUAUAUCCAGACUUUCCGCCAAGUCCCGAUUCUUGGCUUGGAGACUCAGGGAAUACAUCAAACGCAAAUUCCGCAACGCCUGGGGUACAUUACUGAUACUCGAACAUAUUCUUUAAGUACUUUCAAAUGCAGACAAAAAACUAUUUACUAUCAAAUAAUAACAGUACAGUAACUACUCUUAUCAACUAUACCAACAGUAAUUGUAACAGUAAUAGCAGCAAUAGUAAUAGCAACAACAAUAUCAGCACCGGCAGCGGUACCGUCAACAACCACCAAAUUGAUUACGAGAAGCCACAAGUUGAAGAAUCAUAACACAAUUACAAAUUGAAUAACUUUAAAUAAAUUGAAAUUAUUAAUUCGCAUAAUACGGGUAUUUAAAGAAAACUGAAAUAUCACUUCUUAAACAAAAUAAUUGAUUAGAUCAUCUUCAUUUGAUGAGAUUUCAACUCAUAAUCAUUUAACGGGCGCCAGUGGUCAAUUAUUAUUCUAUGUGUUUUUAUUUAUUGUCAUAUAUGUACAUUCAUCAUUUUAUCUAUAAGAUAUCUGGUAUUCUGCUAGAUGUCUUUAUGGUCUUCAUAAACGAAAUAAUGAUGCAUGCGUUUUACCAACUACCUUGGCUAGGUCAAUUUUAUCUGGAUUGAGCGAUAUGCAAUAACAAGUUAGCCAAUAUGCCUUAGCUAAUGGACUCUAAUAUAACUCGACACUUUCUCAACGUUGAGUCUCUUAGCCCAGAUAAUAUUGUUAAGCCGAUUUCAAGUUAACUGCUUACUAAACACAACUUUUUCAAAAAUUUUAAUGAAGUGCUAAGCUAAUUAUUAUAGCUGAAUACAAUUUCUGUUAAUAUCAAAAGGAAUU